GAGGCGGUGGCGGCCGGAGCCGCCCGUGGAGCCCGUGCCGGCGGGCCUGUUACCCUCCGCGGCCGCGCUGGUCGGCAAGGCCGCGCUCGUGGCGGCGGCGCUGGGGGCCAGCUGGGCCAUCUUCGGCAGGGUGCGGGGCUUGCUGGACAGGAAGCUGCGGCGGCCGUACGACCCAGGGCGGGAUGCGGGCAGCGUGGCCGACCCUGCGGCCGAGAUGGAGAGGGUGGUCACCUUCAUCCAGGACGCCGUCGUGCGGCCCAUCGACUCGAGGCUCAGGGGCCAUCCGUUCGGGAACGACCUGCAGGCCUUCCCCCUGACGCCGACGGUGCUGGUGAUCGGCAACCACUCGUCGGGGAAGUCGACGUUCAUCAACGACAUGCUCGGCAGGCAGGUCCAGGAGACGGGCGUGGCGCCGACCGACGACGGCUUCACGAUCCUGGAGAGGGCCAGGCCUCCCGCGACGCCCGCGACCGAGGAGGACGGCCCGACGCUGCUGGGCUGCCCGCAGAACAAGCCGUUCCACGAGCUGCGGCGCUUCGGGGAGGCCUUCCUGGGGCACUUCCGCCGCAAGCGCAUCCUGCUGCCCGACGGAGCCUCCAUGCCCUACGGGCUGCAGCUCGUCGACUCCCCGGGCAUGAUCGACACGCCCGGCGACGGCGUCCGAGGCAGGGGGUACGACUUUGUGAAGGUGGUGCGGUGGUGGGCGAAGAGGAGCGACCUGAUCCUGAUGCUGUUCGACCCAGACAAGCCCGGCACCACGGGGGAGAGUCUCGAGGUGCUGACGAAGUCGCUGUCCGGGCUGGAGUUCAAGUUCCGCAUUGUCCUCAACAAGGUCGAUGGGCUGGACAGCGUGGUUGACUUCGCGCGCGCCUACGGCACGCUGGGCUGGGCGCUGUCCAAGGUCAUCCCGCGGAAGGACAUCCCCCUCAUCUACACCACCUGCAAUCGGGCGUUCGCGGACCGGGCCCGAGCUUCGGUGCUCCCCCUGGACGAGUUCGCGGCGAGCCGGGACGACGUGGUGUCGGCCGUGUUCCAGGCGAAGGAGCGCCACUGGGACAACGUGAUCACGACGCUGGAGCGCACCCUGCGGCAGGUGGAGAUGGUGGCCGCGAUCCUCAGGAGGGUGCGCAUGGAGGCGGUGCGCCAGCAGGUGGUGGUGCCCGCGCUCGUCCUGGCCGCCGUCAGCGUGCCGGGGCUGGUCGGCUCCUGGGCGCUGCGCGGAGGGGCGCAGUCGGGGUUCCUCGGGGCCUGCUACGCGGUGGUCUACGUCUGCUGCGGGUCCCUGCUGCGCCUCAACGCGCACCAGUUCGAGGCGCUCCAGCGCGCCGAGGGCGGCCUGAACGCGGCCUUCGACAAGGAGUACAGCGAGCUCUUCAUUCACGGCGACCGCGAGGACUACCGCGCGGAUUGGGCGCUGGCCAGGCCGCUGGUGUCGACCAUACUGAGAGCGACGCCCAGUCUGUCGCGGAUGCGCUCGGCGACGCCGGAGCAGAUCGCCAAGGUCCGCGAGUGCCUCGAACGGGACGUCUGGUACCUUCGGCAGCUCGCCAGGGCCAGGCGCUUGUCCAUGCAGGAUCCAGGCGGCC